AUGGUUAUUUCAGACAUUGAGGCAACAAAUGAUUCCGAAAAGAUGAAAGAUCCAGUCCCCCAUCACCAUGAGGAUAUCGCGACAGUACCUGUGACAGAACAGGACGCAGUGUUUGGCGAGCUGUCCGAAAAUGGACCCAACUACCGCAGCGUUGGUUGGCUGGGCACCGCCGGGUUGAUGAUGAAGACGCAGCUGGGUCUGGGAAUAUUGUCGUUCCCAUCCGUCUUCGACACCCUUGGCAUGAUUCCUGGCAUUAUCCUCUUGUUGACCAUUGCGACCAUUACCACCUGGUCCGACUAUAUCGUCGGUGUCUUCAAGCUCAACCACCCUCAAGUCUAUGGUGUCGACGAUGCUGGCCAGCUCAUGUUUGGCCGCAUUGGCAAGGAAGCCUUCGCCAUUGCUUUCAUGGGUCAAUACGUUCUGACGGCCGGUUCAGCAAUGCUGAGCUUAUCCAUUUCCCUCAACGCUCUAUCCAGCCACGGCACCUGCACAGCCACCUUUGUCGGCGUCGCCUUCGUCAUGAUCUUCCUCCUAAGCAGCAUUCGCACGCUCGGCCGUAUAACAUGGGUUGCCUGGGUAGGCUUGGCUGGUAUCUUGACUGCUGUCUUCAUGGUCACGAUUGCCGUCGGUGUCAAGGGAGGCCCCCCAAAUGUUCCGCAGGGCGUUGUUUGGGAAUCCGAUUACAAACUUUUCGGUAACCCCAGCUUUACGGAAGCCAUGUCGGCUGUGGCUACACUCAUCUUUGCCUACGCCGGCACUGGUGCGUUUUUCCCCAUCGUGGCCGAGAUGCGUGAUCCGAGCAAGUACACGAGGGCUUUGGCGCUGUGCCAGACAGUCGUUACAGUGGCCUUCAUUAUUGUUGCCAUCGUCAUCUACUACUACUGUGGCUCUCAGGUCGCUUCUCCAGCGUUGGGUACUGCUGGGCCUCUCAUAAAAAAGAUUGCCUACGGCAUCGCCUUUCCUGGACUGCUGGCAAGUGGUUGUAUUCUGGCUCACGUCUCGAGCAAGUACGUCUUUGUCCGUGUCUUGCGCGGCUCGAGGCAUCUCACGUCAAACACUGUCACACAUUGGAUUUCCUGGAUUGGUUGCACCUUUUGCGUCAGCCUGAUUGCCUAUAUUCUGGCCAGUGCGAUCCCCGUCUUCAACGGCCUUGUAUCGCUCUGCGGUGCACUCUUCGGUACACUGCUCUCUUUUCAGCCCAUGGGGUGCAUGUGGCUCUAUGACAACUGGCGCAGUGGUAGGGAGAAGCCUACCGCGCGCUGGUAUCUCGGUGUUGCUUGGAGCGUCUUCGUCAUUACAGCGGGUACAUUCUUAAUGAUUGGUGGUACCUACAGCACUAUAGUCGGCAUCAUUGAUUCCUUCCAUGCAGAGGGGGGCUCUUCUGUUUGGUCAUGUGCUGAUAAUUCAAAUUCCAGCUAG